CGCCUACGCAAACAGUUGUUCCUUACUUUAGAGUAUAAAAUGGACCUGAUUCUACAGUGAAAUCAACCGUGAAAGAGAAGACAACAUCCACACCACUAUGCUGUCUGUGUCGGUUCUGUUCCUACUCUCUGCUGCUCUCCUCCACGCUGCCUUGGCGGAGGAACCCGUGCCCACAUAUAAACACCGUGACCCCGUAACAGGGCGGACUCUCAACUGCACCAUGUGUCCACCGGGGACGCACAUGACCGCGCAUUGCACCGCGUCCACGACCACUCAGUGCGAGGCGUGCAGCGAUGACCACUACACCGAGCUGUGGAACUACCUGCCCAGGUGUCUCUACUGUGGUAACUUCUGCUUUGGGAACCUGGAGGUGGAGACAGAGUGUACAAACAAAAGCAACAGGGUCUGUCGGUGCAAACAGGGCUUCUAUUUGACCAGUGACUACUGUGCCAGACACUCUGAGUGUGGCCCAGGGUACGGAGUCCAAAGCAUAGGUACACCACUCACCAACACAGUGUGUGAAGAGUGCUCCGAUGGCUACUUCUCCAGCUCGUCUUCAGCCUUGGAUUCGUGCGUAAAACACCAAGAAUGCGCAAAUGGGAAGGCUGCGCUCCUCCCCGGCUCCAUUUACCAAGACACAGUGUGUGGCUCCUGUGAGGAUCUUACCAGUGGAAGUGAGACGUAUAAGGCAUUCCUUUCAGGACUGUUGAGUGUGCACAAGACACGCAUGGGAAAGAUGAGGAAAUUUGCAGCCAGGUACAUCACGAAGUCUGGGACUGAGAGGCGCGUAAGCCGGAUGGCUCUUCCCAGCCAGAGAGGUCCUCUCCUGGAUCAGAUCAUAGAAGGUCUGGCCAAGACUCCGGAGUGGCUCCCACAACUACCGGAGAUGCUGAGGAGUUCACAGCUCAACUCUCUGGCAGACAAGGUGGAGACCAGACUCAAGGAGAUCAAGGAACAAUCUCCAAGUUGUAACUUCACACAAUGAUACCAUCGAAAUACUUUUAAAUCCAUAGUAUACGUAGGAAAACAAUAUUCUACCUCUGGAUUUAUGUAGAUGUUUUAUUAUCUGGGAGAAAAUAAACAGACCUCAGGUUGUAUUUCAUUAAAAAACAUCCACAGUUAUGUUUAGUCGCUUCUUUAUUGUGUAUAAAACUGAGCAGGACGUGUUGAACAAAUGUUUUUGUCGAUGCUUAGUUGUACAAAGUAUUUACCUCAGGGAUGUAAAGUUUAUGUAGUCUUUUGAUCAGACUGUUAUAAAGAAAAUGCAUAUGUGAAAUAUCAUAGUUCCGACAGUGAAAUGUAUUAACUUAUAAAAUGGUGUGUUAAAUUUAAAUCCGUUAUUUCUGGGUGCAACUAAGGUACAUUUUGUAAUUUAAUAGGCUGUAAAAUGUCUGUAAAAUAUCCAUCACAAAUAAAAGAUAGUGGCUGCAAUGUGACAAAAUGACCAC